AUGUGAAGCUUCCACUUCUGAGUUUAAAAAAACAGCUGUGGUUUGUCAUAAUCUCUGAUAAGGACACUCUGUGGCUGGUUUAAACUAUGUCUUAUUGAAGUAAGCCAAGAUCAUUCUAGUUGCUGAUUCUACCUUGUUCCAAUAAAUCAAUAGUUUGAUUAAUGGAAGUUCCUUGUUUUAAUAAAAUUGCAAACCGUAGUUAGUUUUAAACCAGAAAGCAUGUGCUUCCUGCCUUUUCCUGGCAUGCAUUGAAUGAAGAGAGGUAAACAUUUAAGUCUGAGAUUUGUGUAGUUUUUAAAUGGGCUUAUACUGUUAGGUUUGAAUUGGGCCACUAGGAGAGGUUUUGAAUUAGGCCACUAGGAGAUCUGACCAUAUGUAGGUUGCAAACCUUCAGAAAUAAGCACUGAGCUCAGCAGAAGAUUGGAAUAUUUAUGGUAAUCAACACUGCAAGAAAGAAACAUACUUCUAGUUUAUAUUUUUGUUUAAAGAAGGGGAUGAACGUUACCACACAGGACCUGUGACAGAUGUUCAGAUCUCGAUAAAGGAUCACCAAAUGAAUAUUUUUGCUUCAUAAUAUGCUUGCAGAGAGGAAGCAGUGGGUCGUUCUCUAACAAUGUUGGAGAUAGAAGAGAAUCUCCAGGCAGCUUUCAAAAAGCUAAGAGUAGACUCAGAAGGAUCCACUGCUUCUCUUCCUGUAAAUGAGGGGGUGCCUCCAAGAGCACUUGUAAAAACUACAGAUGAAACCAAGGUGAAGUCUGUGUGUGCAUCUAAAGAGAGCUGGCAUUGGUGUUUGAGGAAACCUUUGAGAGGAACAGUGAGAACACAGCGUCGGCGGCGGUCAAAGUCUCCAGUACUCCAUCCUCCUAAGUUUAUCCAUUAUACCACGAAAAUGCUGCCUUGUAACCAGCCAGUGCACAAGAACCCAGCUGACACUUCUGAAAGCAGCAGUGACCCGGAUGUGUCAACCCCAAAGGAGUUCUCUAAGAAUGAACAGGCCAGUCACCCCCUCAAUGAUGUUGGCGAGAAACAAAAGGGUGCUCAGCAUUCUGUGGCAUCCAUGGUUGAAAUGCCUAAGAACAAACUUGAAAGUGGUGUUUUUCCUACUUCAGCCGUUCUAAAGGCCACAGAUCUUUCUGAUUUCCAAUCUGUGUCUGAGCAAAAUAAAGGGAAACUCUGUGCGUGUGUAGACAGGGCCUGCCAAUGUAAGCGAUGGCAGGACAUGAAAGUGUACAUGUUUUCUGGCCCACAAAAUUCUCCCCAGUCUGCACCUAAAAGACCACCACAUGUGCAGGACAGUUCCCAACCUUUGCCAUCAAGAACUCCCUCCAGCUCUCUCAGGUCUUGCUCUGAGCAAGCCAGGGCUCAUGUGGAUGAUGUGACUAUUGAAGAUCUUUCAGGGUACAUGGAGUAUUUCCUGUAUAUCCCUAAGAAAAUGUCCCACAUGGCAGAAAUGAUGUACACCUGACAACAGUGGGCUCUACUGAACAAAGGGUUUUGGUAUCUGCCCUUGGUCACACUCCAUCUCAGAAGCAGUUGCUCUCUGUGCUUGUAAUAAAGACACUUUGCAUCACAGUCAA